AUGAAGACUUUUGCGAAUAUGGCCCUUGUCGCCUGUCUUGUGGCAGGUGUCAACGCUCUCCCACGGCCUCACACAUAUUCUAUCUCUGCCCGGUCUGAUGGCUCAACCGACGCCGCUCUAUACGGCCCCGUCGACUGGGAUAAGAAGAAGCGGGAUGAUGACUCGACUGACGCCGCUCUCGACGGCCCCGUCGACUGGGAUAAGAAGAAGCGGGGUGAUGACUCGACUGACGCCGCUCUAUACGGCCCCGUCGAUUGGGAUAAGAAGAAGCGGGGUGAUGACUCGACUGACGCCGCUCUCUACGGCCCCGUCGACUGGGAUUAA